AAUCUAUAAAAAUCCAAAUUGAGGUAAUUCAAAGACCCUAUUCUCAGCUGGGAGAUUGUAAUUUCAAUUUUUGUUAUUCUUCAUUUCAUCUUUCGCGUACAGUACAUAGCUUUCUCAACUACUAAUUAAACUAUUCAGUAAAAAUAAAUUGAAUUGAAUCGCGUAUGAUUUUUAUGCCAUCUGAAUUGAGAUUGGAGACUGAAGAAAUCCAUCUAGCAGGGUACAAUGGAUUCAAAGCAGUGUAACCCGUCCAACUCCGGCGCAAAUCUGGGCCUCAAACGGGGCGGGUUUUGCUUGGAUCCACCGGGUUGUGAUAGAUUGGAAACUUUUCUGGCGGUUUUGGACUCAGCGGAGGAGGAAGUGGCUUCUGUGUUGGGCUUCGAAUUCGUGCUUUUUACUGGGAGCAAAGAAAAGCUCCAGUUCUGGGCCUGCGCGAUCUCGAAGUGGCUGAAGAUGGACAUCAUCGUGUUGUUGUGUUAAGGUGGUGGUUGAUUAAUGAUUUGUGUGUUAUUCGUGUCUGCAACGAUACAAUACCAAUG